CUCCUAGAAAAAGACUUCCAGUUCAUCCUUUGCGAGGGCUGCAGGCAGGAAUCGCCCAACCUCAAGCUCCUCUCUUGCCUCCACACCUUGUGCCUCGGUUGCCUGAGCGAGAACAAGCCCGUCACACAGUGCCCCGUGUGCCAGACAUCCAUCCCACAAGCCAAUGGCAUCCCUCACAUGGACAACCUGCUCUUCACCAACCUGCGGGUCAGGCUCAAGGUCUAUGAGAAGAUUGUUGAUGGAGUUAACUUGUCCUGCGACAACUGCAAGAAAGGUGUCGAGUUCUGGUGCUCUGAGUGCGAGGAGUUUCUCUGCGCCAAGUGCUUUGAGGCCCACCAGCACUAUCUGAAGAGGGAGAGACAUGAACCCAAGAGGGUGAUGGACAUCAGGGCAGGGUCUGCUAAGGACUUCCUUGAGGGCGCUAAGAGGACUGGUAACUUGUCCUGCUCCAACCUGACCCACAAGGGCCAGACUGUAAGCAUCUACUGCAAGAAGUGCUGCAAGCCCAUGUGCUGCAUCUGCGCGGUGCUGGACGGCCAACACGCCCCAUUCUGUGACAUCCGUGGCGAGACCCAGCGCAGGCAGGAGGAGCUGGCCACCAUCAACCAGGAGCUGAGGCAGAAGAGGAGCAUCCUGGAGGCCACCUUUGCAUUGCUGCAGGACGAGGCCGCCCGGCUGGAGGAGGCUCAGCGGGAGAUGCGGGAGCUGAUCCGGCAGCGGGUGGAGCAGCUGAGUGUGAUGUUCCCCCAAAUGGCGAGGGACAUGCAUAACUUCCCUUUUGAAGAUGAGGCCACCGUGAUCCUCAACCUGGAGCCUCCCAGGGAGCAUUGCCAACCGCGGGAAGGUCUCCCCACAGGACUGCUUGCCCACCACCAGCUCUGCCGCCCCAUGUCGGACCCCUCUGAUGGCAGAGGACACGAAGAUUUUGGUGGCUGGGCCAGGUCCAAUGUGCAGCAAGCAGAUGAGCUCCUGGAGGUGGGCAGUCGCCUCCUCCAAGCUCAGCACAGGGCAAACAGGCGCCUGAUAUUGGUGACCCAGGAGAUCCAGGCCAUGUCCCGCACCCUGGCCACCAUCGCCUCUGCCGUGGGACCCUUGCUGCAGCCUGGGGCCAGCUCACAGGACUUCCACACUGCAGACGUGAACUGGCCAUCGCUGCCUUCUGACUUGCUGCAGUUAUUCCCUCCCAGCACCUCACAGAUCCCAGGGGCUUCCACAGACCCUUCCCCCUGUAGAACCCCUCCUGCCCCCCGCUCUGCCAGCCCAGCACGCUCAGAGCCCUCCAGCCCAUCUUCUGAAGGAGAAUACCCCAAAUCAAAGCCCUCCACCAAGGGCAAGCGUGGUGGGAAGCCCAGUACCCGACUUCGGAAGCGGAGGAAGAAGUGA